UUAUUGUACUUAUAAGAAAAAUAUAAACAUUUUGAAAAAAUGUCGCGUUAAAGUAAUUAGAUGGUAAUUAAACGGCUAUAGUCAGUUUUUAGAACUAAUGGAAUUUCAUGCAAGCUUCGAUAAAUUAGAAAUUCCAAUAUACAAGUUAAAAUAUUUGUCCUUGUAUGAAGACCUUAAGCGGCAAAGGUCAUCAUGGAGAAACCUGCAAAUAAAUAUGCUGUGUUAAAUUGUGAUACCUCACUAUUAUUACAUCUUAGUGCAGAAAUGCUGCCAUGUAUUAAACCCGAAGAAAAUACUUUGUAUCGCUCUGCUGGUACAACAGUUAAAUUACACCAAACAUGGACAAUAUCAGAAAAAAAUCAGAGUGCAGUUAUGUGCACUGUAGAAGUUCUUUACUAUGGUCACAAUAAACCUAUUCAUGCAGAUAAUCUCUAUGAAUGCUCUUAUACAAAUUUGCAUUUAGUAACUGAUUAUUUAUGGCCAUUUAUAAUAUGUAUACCGGAUCCAAAACGGCGCUUACAGUUCCUGCGAAACGCAGAUCAAUAUCACCAUAGACUGGACUAUAAAGUUGAUGAUUUUGUCUAUGUCAACGGAGAAAUCUUAAAAAAGAAAGUGGCUAAUUUUAAGUGCGUCAUACGCUAUAUUGGUCCUGUGAAUGAACUAUAUCCUGUUGGAUACGUUUUUGGACUGGAAAUAUCGCAUAUUAACAAUGACAUAUUUCAACAAAUCAAAGAUACACCAUUCGCUGAAAAGUAUUUUAAGUUUAAGCCAAGCUUUGCAAUUUUCACUACAAUAGACUGGAUAAUACCACUUGAAUGCCAUGAGGGUAAAAGUUCAUCUGCUCUUAACUUUAUAAACGGUAAAAUUGAUCGCGUAUUGUCAGCGAUCGGUAAUGCUGGUGAUAAUCUUUUGAAUAGUACGAAUACAGGAUCAGAUCGUAAAUUAAAGAAGGACGAAAAAAAACCUUCGGCAAAAUUUUAUGAACCAAUCGACUUGCCAGUAGUACAUAAUUCCACCAGUAUGGAUCGAAAAAAUGUGGUCAAUAUUUUAACCCCUCCAAGUGUGAACAUUACCGAUGCUGAGAGCAAGGCAAAUCAUGACAGUAGUGUUGAAAUACGUAGUACUGGAAAAUCGUCCCCGAACAUUGUACAGCAAAUACAGCCCGUUGGUAUACUAAAAAAUGCUCGAACAACAUCUAACAGUACUGUUGUGGGAAAAGAAAAUUCUUCUUCAACAACUGGAAAUACAACUCUAAAGCCUACAGUUGUAAAUAUAAACAAUCAGGAUAUUUAUUUAAUUGAUAAACCAGAUGAUGCCAGCGAAGGUAAUGUUAUUGUGGUACCAAAAGAAGAAAUGGAUUUAUAUGAUAUGUUGCGCGGGAAUUGGCCAGAAAGUGGUGGGUCUGUGGCAGCUUUAUUAAAUAGUGCAAACAAAUUUCAAAAAGACUCUUCACAAGUGACUUUACCUAGUAAUACAGUAUCUGCGAAGCCUAUUAAUAAUACCAGUGCUUUAAAUACAAGCAAACGUAACCGAUCACCAAAUUCAUUAUUACGUCACAGUGCAUCGCGUUCUGGCGAGGGAGCCUACCAGCGGAACAAAUCAACCAAAUUUGAAGCGACAGAAUCGUUAGUUAAAGUUCCUAGUGAUGCAUCAUUUUAUUUAGGCGAGCAGACGACAACCGCAGCACAGGCAUCCGAUGAUUCAGCAGCAAUAGGAUGUGAAGACUCCGAUUUAGGCAAAGUGGAAUCCAUUAAGCCUUCACCCUUACAAGAAAUACCGGAUACUGGUUUGGUGAUUGGAUCUAUGGUUGAAGUAUCUGUAUUAAACAAUAAAAAUUUGCAUGGAGUUAUACAAUGGAUUGGUGUUCCUUCUGGAGAUAAUUCUAUAAUGGUCGGAGUGGAAUUAGAAGAUGAAGCAGUUGACAAGGAAUUGUGUCCAAGCAAUGGUUCUUACCUUGGAGUACCCCUUUUUAAGUGUCCAGAAGGGCGAGCUAUAUUUGUUGCUCCAAAUCAGUGUAAAAGCGAUAGACGUUUUACUGAUAUGGAAGGUGCCGUAGGAGGAAAAUUGAAUGUAAUAAAUAACCAGCAGGAUACCAAAUUGUUUGGUCAAGUUGAAUGUCCAUCUGUACCGGGUGCUGUUCCACCUCUAAGAGCUCAGAAACGGUCAGAUCUUGAGAAAUUAUGUGGCAAGUUUAAAGGAAUCCAGGGUCAUCACAAUUCUUGUUAUUUAGACGCUACACUCUUUUCCAUGUUUACGUUUACGACCGUGUUUGAUUCUCUACUAUUUCGUCCACCUGAUCCAGAUGAUAUACCCAGUUAUUUAGAAGUACAAAAGGUUUUAAGAGAAGAAAUUGUAAAUCCUUUACGUAAAAAUGUGUUUGUACGUGCUGAUCGAGUGAUGAAAUUGCGCAAACUAUUAGAUAAAUUAAGUUCUGUAAGUGGUUUGACUAGCGAAGAGAAGGAUCCAGAAGAGUUUCUAAAUAGUUUGUUAGCUCAAAUUAUGCAUGUUGAACCAUUUUUGAAGUUAAGUUCUGGUCAAGAUGCUUAUUUUUACCAAUUGUUUGUGGAAAAGGAUGAGCGCCUCAUAUUUCCCACCGUACAACAAUUAUUUGAGCAAAGCUUUCAUUCAUCUGAUAUAAAAUUAAAAGAAGUACCUUCCUGUCUCAUAAUUCAAAUGCCUCGCUUUGGCAAGAACUUUAAAAUGUACCCACGCAUAUUACCAUCUCAAGUUUUGGAUGUGACUGAUAUAAUUGAAGAUUCACCAAGACAGUGUUCUGUUUGUGGAAAUUUAGCGGACCACGAAUGCCGUGAUUGCUUUGGAAAACUAGAUGAAGGCUUGGGUGGUACAGCGUUUUGCUACACAUGUUUAGAUACUGCACACAAGCAUGAAAAGAGAGCUAAUCACAAUUUCCGCAAAUUGUCUAUACCGGAAGACUAUACAAUUAUGGCAGAACAUCAACAAAACUUAAAUAUACCACGUUUAUAUAUGGAACUGUUUGCAGUUGUUUGCAUAGAAACCUCCCAUUAUGUGGCAUUUGUGAAGACUGGAUUUGGGCCUGAUGCACCAUGGUGUUUCUUUGAUUCAAUGGCUGACCGUGAAGGUGAAAAAAAUGGGUAUAAUAUACCUAAUAUGCACGUGGUUCCUAACUUGCCACAAUGGUUGACUGAGGAAGGCGCACGUUCUCUAAAUGAAACGCCUAAUGAGAAAUUGCUACCGCCAUUGGCAAAACGACUUUUUUGUGAUGCUUACAUGUGUAUGUAUCAAAGCUCUGAUGUUAUGAUGUAUCGCUAACGCAAAAAAUUUCUAGUUAUUUAACUAAAUCACUAAAUAUUUAAUAAUAAAACUAAACAAGAAUAUUCACUUAA